AUGUAAAUCCUCCAUUAGUGUUUUGUCUCCAUCUCUUCUAAUAACUGCGCAAAUAUUUCUAUAUUUAUUAAUAUAUUUAUCAUAUAUAACCAAUUCUCUGGUAUAUUCGGUUUUAUACCUCGCAUAUUUAUACAUCCGCCAACUCGACAUCCACAUUAAAUUGAAUUUCAUCGUGUAGAGUAUCACUUAUAUUUUACUUUACAGCUGCGAUCGUUGGUUAUCUCUAGGAAAAUAAAGGUUCCAGUAUGAUCCAUAAAGGCCCACGUCCAUUGGUAUUGUGCGGUCCUUCUGGUAGUGGGAAAAGCACUUUAAUAAAGCGACUGUUUGAUGAAUAUCCUGAUACCUUUAAAUUUUCUGUGUCUCACACGACAAGGGUUCCUCGGCCUGGUGAAGAAAAUGGGACUCAUUACCAUUUCACAAAUAAAGAAAAAAUGCAAGAACAAAUAAAAAAUGGAGAGUUUAUCGAAACUGCUACGUUCAGUGGGAAUUUAUAUGGUACAAGCAAACGGGCAGUUGAAGAUGUGCAAAGUCUAGGAAAAGUAUGUGUAUUAGACAUUGACAUACAAGGAGUGAAGCAAAUCAAGUGCACUCCUCAUCUCGAUCCCCUUUAUGUAUUUGUGAAACCACCAUCCAUUAUGGAGUUGGAGCGACGAUUAAAGGCUAGAAACACGGAAACUGAAGAAUCAUUGGAACGCAGAUUAUCAGUUGCUAAAGCUGAAAUGGAAUAUGGUGAAACACCGGGUAAUUUUGAUAUUAUCAUAGAAAAUGAUGAUUUAGAAAAAGCAUAUGAAGCUUUGCGCAACUUUGUACAUGGUAAUCUUCAUCUAUAUUGCAAAACAGAUGAGACGAGUUAAUCGAGAAUCGAAAUUGAGGAUCCUUGGAUUAUUCGUUGCGGACUUGGGCACAGCGUAUGAUCAGUUGUGUUUCUCAAGAAUGAGUAUUGACUUAUCAGAGCGCAUAGCCGUGAUACUUGCCUCUGCAUUUUGUUUUUAACGUAUUUCAAAUUCGCCUUUCAUUGGUUUUAAAUUGGCCUUAACAAGCCUUGAAUUCGCAUAUAUUCACAUCUACUAUGGAUUCCUCAUUUGAAUAACAACGGAUAUGUUACUAUAUUUCCGAUAUUGACAUUGAUUGCGACAGUUAUACUUUGUAUCAUGAUUCAUGCGAUAUAGCGUUAGUGAGAGAACGUAGAAAGAUUUCUAGAAUGUAAUUUAAUAAUUAGCUUAAUAUGAUCUAACUGAACUAACUGAACAAGGUUAACAUAAUAACGUAGAUGUAGUUAACUGAGACUAUUCACCAAAAAAGGUUGUGUUCCAAUAGAGUAGGCUACUUAUCUAAUAUAUUCGAGGUACUUACCUUCAUGUGAAAUAUCAUACAAAACAUUGUAAUAUAGUUUUUCUGAUUUAUAUCGAGGUAGCAUUAGAUUUCAUACGCAGACGCCCACAGUACUUAGUGUUAAGGUUGCAGAAAGGAUUAUAUAAACAUUCCAUUCAACAUGUGGAAUCUAUAUUUAGUGUCAAUAGAAGUUCAUUAGUUUCUUGUUAGAAUUAAGAUCAUAAAGGGUAGGAAGAUGUUCCCUAAAGUCUUUAAGUAUUAAAUACUCACUUGCUCUACCAUGCGUGUGGUUUUAAGCAUUUAAUUGUUUAUAGUUUCUUGAGCUGCCUAGAGUCGAUAGUUGCAUAUCAUGUUUCUGCGAGAUAUGCAUAAUAUAUUUAAUAUAAAAUCGCGAAUUUUUCCUCCAGUAGGUGUAGAGAGAGGCAACAAGAUUGAAAUGUUGAUCAAACACACGAUAAAUUAACCGAUUUCGCUGUUCUCUCUUUAGGGAUUAUAAACAUUAUAUGAAAUAAAUUUUAAUCUUUAAUGAGGACCUGUGUUAAUCGACAUUGUUACAACUGACAGCUUCUUAGCAUAAGUCGCGGGAAGUCAUUUUAUUGUAACUACAUGUAUUAUAGAGAAUAUAUAAUUGUUGCAUGUAUAUUGAAAAUAGUAUAUUUAAUAAAUAGUUUAAAAAUAGUA